AAGAAAAGAAAGAAAAACGAGGAAAGGAGGAUCAACGCGUGGGAGAUGAAUGGUACAGCUAUUUCAGGAGCGGCCUGUUCUAGGUCAAGAACGGCGAAGAGAAUGCUUCACAUUCGGGAACGAGGAAGAAGAUUCGAAUAUUCAAACUUCGAACAUUGCGCGUUACGAAUCGAGGUGUCAUUCGUCCACGUAUUGGCGAUCGAUUUCGCGGCGAUAUCGAAUCAGAUAUCGCGGGGACCAUUCGCCGCGCCGAGAGCCAAGCUUGUUUAUCGAGAUAUCAACACGUAUAAGAUAUAAGAAGAAACGGGCAAACGGCAGCCAGUGUUGUGCUGAGUCUUGGUUUCGAUGGUCAUACGAAACGAUCUUUCUAAGUAAGAAUUAUCACGGCACAAUUAUUAAUUAUCAAUUAUCAGAGAGUGACACAAGCGCGGACCAGACAUGCGGAUUUGGGUGUUGUUAACCGUUUUACUGAUCGUCACGAUUCUCGCAUCCGACGUAUUCGCGAGGAAAGCUGGCAAGGAGGUGGAGUCGAAGAAAAGGAACGAGAAAAAGAAGAGGGAUGUAGAGUAUGCAAAGGAGGAGAGGUGGAAGGAUGGAGAAGGGAAAAAGUUGCAACCGAGGAAGAGGAAGAACAGCGCAUCCGAGGAGAAGAAUGUGGAAAAUUAUUCCGAGAAUCUGGUCGGAAACGAGGAAUCGGAGAAGGGUCACAAGUCGAGGAACAAGAAAUUGAAGGAGAAGGAAAAUGUCGACUUUAAGAGCAAGUCUAGCUACGAAUCCCCGAAGGGGAAGUCUAAGAAGAAGAGCAAAUAUUCCGAGGCGUCGCAGACAGUUCAUGAAAAGGAUUCGAAGAAGUUGAAAGACGAGAAAGUGAAAGAGGAAACGGUCGAGGAGCAAAACAAUGCGAAGAAUGAGAAGAAGUCGAAGGAUAAAAAUGUGGACAAGUCUGAGAGGGCGAAGAAAGAUGGCAAGAAGAAGAAGAAGAAGCUUGGGAAAAAGGAGAAAGAAGUGACGGUGGAGGAAGUGGAGAAGGAACCGGUGGAAGUAGAAACAGAGGAGACUAAAAGGAAAUCGAGGAAGAGCAACAAGAAGCCCGAAAAAGGUAAUCACGAGAAGAAUAGGAAGAAACGAGAGAUACCGAAGAAAAGAAAAGAAGAAGAGGUGGGGAUAGAAAUAGUGGUGCCUGAGGAGGAGAUCUCAGAAAUGGACACGUUAGACGGAAAAAGUUGUCCGAUAACUAAAGAGAUCCAAGAUGAAGAAAUGCGAGAGGAUUGUGAGGACGAGAAGUGCAACGAAGCGAAGUGAAAAAUUUAAUCUGAAAACAUUAGGAAUCGUCGUAUUAAUGAUUCAAUAAUUAUAUAUCGAAAAGAUGGCCAAAUUUCGCACGAAUCAAUGAUGUUUACCGGUAUUCACAGCAGCCAAUACAAUUUCUCAAGUCUUCCAUGAUGAUGAGCCAACGAUUUCACGCAUUAUGCGAAAUUUCAUUUAUUAUUUAAUCUCUAUGCAUAUCAAAUCGUACUUGUUACGUUAUUUACAAAUAACGAAUUUUUCGACAAUAAAUCGUCUUAAUUUUACUCACCUGCUUGGAGCGCAGGUUAAUAUAAAUAUACUGUUAAUCUUCGAGAUAUACGUACACAUUGAACAAAUAAAUAUUUUUAUAAAUUGUCCU